AUGGCAAUACAACAGGGCUUGAAACGUGGGUUAUUUUCAACUGCUGCAUCAGGGUUAAGUAAUCAUUUACAUAGAAAUGGUAUUAUUAAUAUAAACUCAGGGGAUUAUAAACUAAUUAUUGUUUUGAUGCUUGUUACGUCUCAAAGAAGAAGGGGAAUGGAUAAUGACCACAUAAAUAGGGCUGGUAAUAACAACAAUGAGGAUUCAUCAUCUGAUUCGGGUUAUAAGACAGAUUCAGAAGAUAAGGAAAAAGGAAACUAG